UCAAUCACCAUACACAAAUUCAUUAUUCAUUCAUCAUCCUUAUCGCUCUAUUCUUUCAUUUCCCUUUCUACAAUCACCAAUGCCUAUCUCCACCCUCACCGCCUUGCUCACCCACGUCGCCGCUCAAUUCCCUUCCCGCCGCGCCCUCAGCGUCUCCGCCAACUUCGAUCUCACCCAUGCACGCCUCAAUCAACUCAUCGAUCACGCCGCCGCUCACCUCCUCGCCGCCGGCGUCAAUCCCGGCGAUGUCGUCGCCCUCACCUUCCCCAACACCGUCGAGUAUGUGAUAAUGUUUCUGGCCGUAAUCCGCGCCCGAGCCACGGCGGCGCCGCUCAACUCCGCCUACACAUUCGACGAGUUCGAUUUCUACUUAUCGGACUCAGAAUCGAAGCUUUUAAUCACGUCAGAGGAAGGAAACGAGCAGGCGCAGGCCGCCGCUGCGAAGCUCAAUAUUCCUCAUCUCUCCGCCGCGCUGCCGCACGGCGAAUCGGAAAUCAUCCUAUCCCCGAAUCAAUCCGACGUGGACGCCGAAUCGGUCGCUGAACUCACCAACGACCCCUCCGACGUGGCUCUGUUCCUCCACACGUCCGGCACCACCAGCCGACCCAAAGGCGUGCCGCUGACUCAGCACAACCUCUUCUCCUCCGUCCAAAACAUCAAAUCGGUCUACAAAUUAACCGAAUCCGACUCCACCGUCAUCGUCCUGCCCCUGUUCCACGUCCACGGCCUGCUAGCCGGCUUACUCAGCUCGCUCGGCGCCGGCGCCGCAGUGGCUCUCCCCGCCGCGGGGAGGUUCUCGGCGUCGACCUUCUGGACGGAUAUGAAGGCAUACAACGCGACGUGGUACACCGCCGUGCCGACGAUCCACCAGAUCGUGCUCGACCGCCACCUCAGCAAGCCGGAGCCGGCCUACCCGAAGCUCCGGUUCAUCCGGAGCUGCAGCGCGUCGCUGGCGCCGGCGAUACUGGCUCGGCUAGAGGAGGCGUUCGGGGCGCCGGUGCUUGAGGCGUAUGCGAUGACGGAAGCGACGCAUCUGAUGACGUCGAAUCCGCUGCCCGAGGACGGGCCCCACAAGGCGGGGUCGGUGGGGAAGCCCGUGGGGCAGGAGAUGGCUAUUUUGGACCAGAAUGGCGUUGUGCAAGCCCCUAAUGGGAAUGGGGAGGUUUGCAUAAGGGGGCCUAAUGUCACCAAGGGUUACAAGAACAAUGCUGAGGCCAAUAAAUCGGCUUUUUUGUUUGGAUGGUUUCACACCGGGGAUUUGGGAUACUUGGAUUCAGAUGGAUAUCUCCAUCUUGUUGGAAGAAUCAAGGAAAUGAUCAACCGUGGAGGGGAAAAGAUUUCACCGAUUGAAGUAGACGCAGUGCUAUUGUCCCAUCCUGAAAUUGCUCAAGGUGUUGCGUUUGGUGUGCCAGAUGACAAAUAUGGUGAAGAGAUAAACUGUGCAGUUAUUCCAAGGGAGGGGUCGAAGCUAGAUGAGGAAGAGGUGAUCAAGUUCUGCAAGAAAAAUUUGGCAGCAUUCAAGGUUCCUAAGAAGGUUUUCAUCACUGAUUCUCUCCCUAAAACUGCGUCUGGGAAAAUCCAGAGGAGGAUUGUUUCUGAGCACUUCCUUGCACAGAUAUCUACUGCUAAGGUCCCCAAAUUUGGAGCCUAAGCAGUUCAUUCAAAAUCAUGGUGUUGCAGGAUUCUUACGCACCACAAGAAGAAUAUGAAUGUUUUAUUCAACUUCCAGUGAUAUGCAAAUUUUAUGUCACUGUUGAGUAGUACUAUAUCAUAUGAAGUUAUGUACUACUAGUAUUCUUUAGUUUGCUCAAUUAUGAAAUAUGGCAUAUAAGUAGCA